CAGUGCCGAAUUGAUGCUGUGUGUGCUCUAUUAUACGACACCAGAGUGGCUGUCGCCGAGCUUGAAGAGAGCGUGGCAAAAAAAAAACUAUCGCAUCCAGAUUAGUAUGUGGGUGGCAUUCGGGUGGUGAAAAAGUAUUUUUUUUGUGGGUGAUUUACGUGAACGAGUUCUUGUGGAAAAGAGUGCGCUUCAGUGAUGAUGCAGCUUUGCGAUCGGAUGAAAGUGAGAUUGGUGGAAUUUGAAAUUCUGUGCUAGCGUGAAUAUUCUCUGCACUGGGAAAAACCAAAGCGGAAUCUUUAUCAGUUCUGGUAUCAUGUGAUAUCGAUUGCAGAGUGCUAAUAAAGUGAUUCAAGUCAUUUGAGCUCGUAGAACGUGAUGACGGAAAGAUUGUCUCAACAAGGUUGAGAGAAUGCAGCAGUAGAGGAAUUUUCUCAGGGUUACAUAUACGUUGCAGACACCGUGAAGAGCAAUGAGCAAGCAGAAUUUGAAGGACCAGAAGCGGCCCAUCUAUGAGGACAUCAAAAUCGAUACUGCAUUCCGCAAGAUCAGUCCCAAAGCCAUCGGAUUCUACGUUUGGCGGAUACAGAACGAUCACGUGGAAGCCAUCCCCAAGGAGCAGUACGGGACGUUCUACGAUGAGAACACCUACGUAAUCUAUUCGGCGUCCUUGGCGGGAACGAUCUCCGAUAAGAGUACAAUUUGUCGCGAGAUCAAAGCCCCAGGUGCCGUUAUCGAACGGUACAUCCACUUCUGGCUCGGAGCAAACAUCACAUCGGAUCGCUCGAAAUCGGCUGCGUACAAAAUUAUCGAACUAGAUCUUCAUCUGGAUCACAAAACCACCCAGUACCGGGAAAGUCAAGGCCAUGAGGGAAUUCGGUUUCUGUCGUAUUUUAAAGACGAUGGUAUUCUAAUUCAAUCCGGAACGGAUCCAUCGUCAUAUCCGCAGUUCCCGCGGUUGUACCAAAUCAAGGGUAAAACAACACCGCAAUGCAUUCAGCAGAAGGCGAUCACGUGGCAACACUUCAACUGUGGUCACGUGAUGAUUCUGCAAACGCCUGCGAUUCUGUUCGUUUGGGUCGGUCGAUCGACCAGUUCUUGCGAGAGGAUAUUUGGCCUGAAGAUCGGAACCAAACUUAAGGAAGCGUUCAAAAUUCCAGAAAUUGCCAUCAUUGACGAUGGGUACGAACAAUCUAUGAGCCCCCAGAGAAAAGAGGUGUGGAAUGGCUUCCUGAGCCUAUCGCAACGAUUCGUUCAGCCAUUGGCACUGACGCCGUCGAAUGCGGACAUCGUUCUGAAACUCUAUCAAUGCGACACCGUCAAUGGAGUGUUUCGAGUUGAGUUGGUAAAAACCGGUGCCUUGGAUCAAGCGGACCUGUAUGGCCGGGACACCAUCUACAUAAUUGAUUACUUCUGCAACGGAGUUUGGAUCUGGAUUGGCCGGAGCUCGCACAAGCAAAACCGUGCCGAAGCCAUGCGUCACGUGCGGGGCUAUGUCAUCAAGAAAGGAUACCCCGCAUCAACUCCGGUAGCACGUGUCAUAGACGGUCUGGAGCCAGCAGAGUUCACAAGUCUUUUCCCAAGCUGGGUCAGUGCGGACAUGAAUGGAAACUCGAUCAAAGGUCUUUCGGAGAAGUUUGACGCAUUGACGUUGAUCCAGCGACCCAAACUGGCUGCCCAGAUUCAGUUGAUGGACGAUGGGUCUGGUGAUGCUACCAUCUACCAAAUCGGAGUCGAAGACGUUAAAGAAAUUCCCAAAAAGUACGCCAAGACCUUUUAUUCGUCGAACUGCUACAUUGUCCACUACCAAAUUUCUUGCACCUCGGAAAAUAACAUCAGUUCAUUGGCCAAUUCUAUCAAGAAUGUAAUCUACCUGUGGAUCGGGACCAGCGCGUCGACGGAAUUCCGACAGACGGGAGAGGCAUUCCUGGCGGAGAUGUGCAACCAUUUGAAGAAGAAUGUUGUGCAAGUGAAAAUCAGUGAAGGAAUGGAACCGCCACAAUUUUUGCAGAUCUUUAAAGGAGGUCUGAUAAUCUUCAAUUCCAAGAACCCUGGCGGGGAAGGUAUUAUGAACAUUCGCAAAUACCCUAGCAGUUUUGUGCUGAAAGUCGUUGGGAACUCGACCUAUACAUGCAAGGCAGUACAGGUUUCCAGCAAGACUCUGUACUAUCCGGAAGAUUGCUACAUAUUGAAAGCCCCGGACAAUGAGAUUUGGAUCUGGUGCGGGCAGUACUCGACUGGGGACUCCAGGGAGAUGGCCAAAUCGAUAGCAUCCAUUUUGGGAGAGUACAAUCUGGUGAUGGAAUCCAACGAGACGGACGAGUUCUUCAAUUCGGUUGGCGAAAAGUUUCUGAAGCAGCUGAAGAAGACUCAUGGGAACAUUAUAACUCCUACUAUGAAUGUUUCGAUGACCUGGGAGAGACAACGCAUCGGGCUGUACAUGUGUUCAUUGGAGCAGGAAAAGCAUGUGAUGAGUAAGAUAUUCGGUUUUACGCAAAAAGAUCUAAGGCCGGAGAAUAUGUUCCUGCUGGAUGCGGGAAACAUUGUGUAUGUGUGGAUAGGGGAUUUCGUUGGCAAUGAUGAUCGGACACAGUGUUGGGACUUGGCCAAGUAUCUGAUCACAACGCAUCCCGUUCAGAGGGACGCCAGCAUGCCAAUAGCGGUCGUUCGGCAGGGGGAGGAGCCCAUCACCUUUAUUGGGUUCUUCGACAACUGGGAUAAGAAGUAUUAUGAGAACUACGUCCCCUUUGAUAAGAUCCGUGCAGAGUUGGAAACGCCAGGAAUUCCGGUGCCGGUACCACGAGGCUCCGUGCAUAGUGACAAUGCCACUGGGGACGACUUUGACCGGUACCAAAAGUACCCGCUAGAUAUGCUGCGGGGUGAUCCUACCAACCUGCCUACCAGCAUCAAUCCUACCCGGAAGGAGAUCCAUCUCACCCAUGAUGACUUUGUAACCGUGUUCAAAAUGCCUUAUCACGACUUUGAAGAACUGCCCAAGUGGAAGCAGGUCGAGCUAAAGAAGCAAAAUAAAUUAUUCUAGAGAGCACCGUUUAUAUUUUCGAUUAUGCAUGUUAAAAUUUUAUUAUGGAAUAAAUGUACACCAUCGUUUUAAAUAA